AUGCAACUGUUAUCUCAACAAUUACCUCCUAAUCACCAGCAUCAACAGCAUCAACAUCAACAUCAACAUCAACAUCAACAUCAACAUCAACAACAUUCUAUCAAUAAACCUAGACUGAAUGCCAAUGCUAUUCCUUCAAUUUCGUAUUCACCAACAGAUAUCACAAUUCCACCUUCUUUAUAUGAUCAAGUUCCAAAUUUAGCUGAAUAUAAAAAAUUAAUUGCUGCUGAAAAUAAAUUAGAUUUAUUAAUAUCAAGAAAAGCUUUAGAUUUUCAAGCUAUUCAACAAAAAACUAUUCAUCCAUUUGAAUAUAAACCUUAUACUGGUUUAUUAAGGAUUUUUAUUUAUAAUACUUGUGAAAAUCAACCAUGGCAAAAGCAAAUGAAAGAGCCCCAAAAUGAUGAAGAACCGUCGUGGACUUUAAGAGUUGAAGGGAAAUUUAUCACUGAUAAUCAAGCCGAAAAAGAUACUGAUAAUCAUUCUGAAAAUUUAAAAUUUAGUUCAUUUUUAUCUGCUAUAUCUGUUGAUUUAAUCGCAAAUGAUGAUUAUCCAAAUUUAAAAGAUUCUCAAUCUCAUAUUAUAGAAUGGAGAGAUGAUGGUUCAAAUUCAAAUCGAAAUUUAUCUCAUUCAUUUGAUGGUUUAGAUAUCAAAAGACCUGGAAUAUAUAAUUUAAAAGCUAAAAUUGCAUUAUUAAUAAAACUGUAUAGUUCAAAAUUAAGAUUAUCUGAUGAUAUGGCUAGAUUUAUGGGAAAACAAGAAUGUAAUCAACAAGAAUUAAUGUAUAUAAUAUGGCAAUAUGUAUUAUAUAAAAAAUUAUUUAAAAGAACUUCAGUUUAUAUGAAUGUUCAAGCUAUUGAAACUGGUUUACCACCAACAACAGAUGGUAUAAUAGAUGAUGAUUUAUCAUUAGUUGAAUGUGAUGAGAUUUUAUAUGAUUUAUUAAAAGUUAAAUAUUUUAAAUUUUCAGAAUUAUAUAAAUUAGUUCAACCACAUUUUAAACCAAGAGAACCAAUAAUUUUAACUUAUGAAAUAGAUACUAAAAAAUCAACAACUUUAGGAAAUUUGAUUCUUGAUGUUCCUGUUGAAUUACCUAUAAAUUUAUCAAGAGCUCAAAAGGAAUUAUUAGAUAUUAAUAAAUCAAGUUUUGAAAGUUUAGCAAAAUCAGAUCAAAUAAUACAACUGUUGAAUCAAAAAAUAUCUUUGGGAAUAAUUGCUUUACAAAAUGCAAAUUUAAGACAAAAAUUUUAUAAAGAAUUGAGUGAAAGUCCUUCUGAAUUUAUUGAACAAUGGUUAGAAACACAAUCUGAAACUUUAAAAGCUUUGAAAAGUGAUGAAGGUUAUAAUGAAGAAGAUGUUAGAAGAUCUGAAUUCUUUAAAGAAAAUGAAGGGUUGAUUAAAGAAAAAAUUGAUUUAUUAUUUGGUGCAAAUAAAUUCUAG